AUGAAUGAAGGAAAAUUCAACUUAAUUUAUAAAAAUGAAUCAAAUCGUUAUAGGCUUGGAAAGGAAGAUUGCAACAAAUUCCAUAGUCGACAAUUUUUUUACAUUUACAGAGCAAGAGUGGAACAAUUAAGAGAAAGGAUAAUUAAAAAUGCAAGGAAAAUUCUCGGAAAUGAAAAUUUAACUAGCACGACAAUUGAUUAUCAAAAGGAAAAUAACGACGUUUUUCUUGUUGGAAUUGUUUUUAAGAAAAUGAAAUUUCGUCAAAGCGUACUUUAUGAAUUUGCCGAUGAUUCUAAUUUAAAACUUAAAUACACAAAAAAAGAUGAUGAUAAUUUGGUGGAUGAAAGCGAUUUACUUGAACUUGAGAAUAAUCAACAGUUGAUAAAACUGAUCGGAAAUAUCAACAAACAUUCACUUGUAACAGGCGAUGUGAUUGGUGUUUAUGGCAGUCAAGCUAGGAUGGAUGAUACUUUUAAAGUUGAAAUGAUGAUCCUGCCCGAUCUUCCGCCUCAAAUACCUUGGCCAAUUAUUGAGAAGGAUUGUUAUAUUGCUUUUAUUUCUGGCAUCUCUUUGGCUGGCGGCUCAGAAAAAUCUGCAAAAACAAUUCAAGCUCUGAAUACAUUUCAAAAGUGGGUAAACAAUGAAUUGACUUUGAAAUCUCAUGAAAAGACUGAUGAUAUCGUUAAUAAUUUAAUACGUUUGGUUAUUGCUGGAGAUUUUGCUCAAUUAAAUUUAAUUGAAAUACAAAGACAAAAGGUGGCCGCAAUUGGUUUAGAAUAUGAAUCAAAUCUGGAUUGCUUUACAGGAUUGGAUGCUUUUAUUUGUUCUUUAUUGGUAUGUUUUAAAUUAUUAGAAUAA